GCAGGGACAGGGGCAGCCGGGACAGGGGCAGCCGGGACAGGGGCAGCCGGGACAGGGGCAGCCAGGACAGAGGCAGCCAGGACAGGGGCAGGGGCAGCAGGGGCAGGGACGGGGGCAGCAGGGGCAGGGGCAGGGACAGGGGCAGGGACAGGGGCAGGGACAGGGGCAGCAGGGACAGGGGCAGCAGGGGCAGGGACAGGGGCAGCAGGGACAGGGACAGGGUCAGCAGGAGAAGCAGGGACAGGGGCAGCCGGGACAGGGGCAGGGACAGGGGCAGGGACAGGGGCAGGGACAGGGACAGGGGCAGGGGCAGCAGGGGCAGGGACAGGGUCAGCAGGAGAAGCAGGGACAGGGGCAGCCGGGACAGGGGCAGCCGGGACAGGGGCAGGGGCAGCAGGGGCAGGGACAGGGGCAGGGACAGGGACAGGGACAGGGGCAGCCCUUCCCUGUCCAGAACUGUGCAGGAAACAAAAGACACUAA